CCCUUGCUGUGAGGCAACAAUGCUAACCACUGCACCACCACUAUAUUUUAUUCAUUUUAAAUACCUCCUGAACCCCAAAUCCCCAAACAAAAAAAAAAAAAAAAAUUAUCAUUGGAUUUUCGAUUUCCGACGGUUACUAAACACCUCAUGGGGGAAAAGAAAAAUCAUUGGUAACUAUGGUUAUUUAUGGUGGAUUUAGUGGUGCAUGGUGUAGCCUAUUUAUGGUGCUCAGGGAGGCUCAAGAUUAAAUUAAUAAUUAAAUAAAUAAAACGAAGUCACACCGAAGCCACGCCCCUUUAGAUAAGUAGAGCACAGUCCCCAAACGUCUCUGGUGUUAAACAUGUCACCAAUAACUUGUACUAACCCACUACUUCUUAAAGUAGCCUAACUCAGACACUGUAGCUGUGGCGUGUUCUGCCAACAGUGUUGAACUUUGUGUGAGACAUUUCCUCUGCAGUCGAGACGUGUAGGACCAACGUUAGUCGUCUUCAGGGCAGUUUAACCACCUUAAUGCGAUAUUACUCCGUCGUUAACCUCCAGAGCAUGAAGGCGCUAACAUUUGGGAUGACUCUUGUCCGACAUGGGGAAACACAGUACAAUAAAGAAGGCCUGCUGCAAGGCCAGGCUAUAGAUUCACCCUUGUCUGACAUCGGGCUGCAGCAGGCUGAGGCUGCAGGCCGUUACCUGAAAGAUGUCAAAUUCAGCAACGUGUUUGUCAGUGACAUGCUGCGGGCCAAACAGACUGCUGAAGCAAUAAUGAAACACAACAAUAGUUGUUCUGGUCUACAGAUGGCGUGUGACCCUUUACUUAAAGAGAAAAGCUUUGGGAUAGCAGAGGGGCAACGGGUGCGGGAAGUGAAAGAGAUGGCCAAGGCAGCCGGUCAGUCAUUUCCAAUCUUCACUCCUCCAAACGGGGAGACGCAGGAGCAGAAAUUGCUGAAGAUGGUGACGGAGCGGGUCAAAGAGUUUCUGGAGAAAAUGCUUCAGCAAAUCGGGGCUGAACACUGGCGUGACAGAGGGGAGGAUGGAAUCUCAGAAGCAUCUCCUGUGGAGGGAAAGGCAGACGAUGGGGUCAGGGGUGUCCCGGUCCACGCUUUGGUUGUCAGCCACGGGGCCUACAUGUGUGUGGCGGUGCGCUUCCUUGUGGAGGAGUUACACUGCUCCUUGCCUCCGGGUUCUGACAAAGCACACUUGUUCUCUUUAAGUCCUAACACAGGUCUGUGUCGGUUUAUACUAAACAUGCGGAAAGAGGACGACAGGUUCAAAUUGUCCGGGAUCCGUUGUGUGUUCGCUCACAGAGGGGACCAUGUUAAACAGUAGGAGAAACAUACAAUGUUAAAAAGCUCCACACACUCAACACUGACAGUUUACAGUUGUAAAAGAUUUUAUUUAUAGGUUCUGUAUUUAUUUUUCAUUUGGUGCUCAGUCACCUCACGGCACAGUUUGAUCACAUAUUGAAAUGGAUGGAUCAAAUCCUUGUUGUUCAAUAUUAGCAUGUUUUCACAAUGGAACUGUGAAACAAAAAAAUGUUAGGUCAAGUGUUUAGGUGCUAUUUAUUAUUAUAUAGUUGUGUGGCUCUCAGCCUUGUCUUGUAUCAAGGAUCCCUGAAUGAAUAAAACAGUAGGUUAUGGACCCUCACUUGAAAAGAUAUAACUUAGGGGACCUCCAUCUGAAAAGACUUUGGUCAUUAGAUCCUAUGAUCAGAAUAGUCACUCUUGUGACUCUAACUCACAUUGGGCUCGCUUCUAUAGUGAAUUAAAUAGUGAUGAUAAAUUAUUCCCCAUUUUUCUUGGGACCCCCUAAAAUGCUUAAAUUAAUUGAAUUUGAAUUGAAUCCAGUUUAAAUUCGCCAAGAUAAAUGACUAAAUACAUCUGCAUUAUUUUUUUACAGUGGACUCCAACAAAAUCUGUUUUACAUUCAAGCUCUGAAUGCUGGUUCAUAAGUUGAGCAAUGUCAUUUAAACUCAGGUAGAUGGUUUGUGUUGCAAGGCAGUGUCAUCAUCACUUUGUUACUGUCUGGCUGUUCAUUACUGUAAAUGCAGGCAGCUUUUUGCUCUAAUGAGUUCGUGUUUCUAUAUUUAUUCUCCGGAAGUUCAGAGAUCCUUUGCAGGAACACGGAGCAGGACUGCAACAGUGUUGACUUUUUUGGAAAUCAGUGACUUUGUCAUUGUUGGGAAUUAACGCUUUGGUCAACAAGGGCAAGUGCAUUCAAGAAAGAGUGCAUGCAUGUUGUGUGUUACUGAAGUAUGGAUGCACUGUUUCUCUACUUUUCAUUCCUCUCUCAGUGUAAAACAAAAUCAUGUGCUGACUGCUGAGCUGGAUUGUAUGAAAAAACAUUGUGCAGUUUCUAUUGCUGUUGUUACUCUGAUUCUGUAACUGAAAACACUUUAUAAUGUAGGAAAACUGUCAGACUUGACCAGGUUAGUCUAUUUUUUAAAUUAGGCAAUGUAGCUGUUAAUGUUUCUGUAUCAUAGUGGGAUUUGUGGAAACUUGCCAACAGUGAUAAAAGAUCCUUUUCAGCCGAAACUCCCUAAAAAAAACCCCUGAUAUUCAAUCUGUGCUGGUUCUCAUCUGUUCAUAUUUGCAUUAUAUACACCCUUGAACUUUACAUUUUGAUUUACAAACAUGUUCUAGCCUAGAAUAUAUCGUUUCAGUAAGUAUGCAUCUUCAUUUGUAUCAUUAUCUACAAUAUUUGACAUGCAUUUCAUUUGGACCGAGGCAGUAUUAUUAGGAUCAGGAUUAUUAUGCCUAUUAGUAUUAAUAGGAUGUGUCCCCCCACAUAAAUAAACUGGUUGUACUACUGUGGUGUACUGCAGGUCUGCGUGUGAUUUCAGCAAGUGGUGUCAGCGUACCACAGCAA